UGGAGCCACAGUGUGGCGGUGGAGGCAGCAGCAAUGGGAGGCCAUACAGCAACCUAUGACAAAAUGGAAACCAGCAGGAGCGUGAGGAGACCUGAAAGUGGCACAUGGCAGAGUGGGAGCAAUGGGAGGCGGUACAGGGACCCAGGUCACACUGUGGGCCCAGCAGCAGCGUGACCAGGCGGUACGGGGGCCCAUGGCCGAUGGGGAGAGUGGAAGCAAUGGGAGGCCGUACAGGGACCCGGUCCACUGUGGGACCACAACAGCGU